GUUGGAGGACCGGGGUCGCUCUGCCGGACACAGACCGGAAGUCUUGCUCCGCUCUUGGCAGAGGAAGCCGCUGUCGUUGGCACUUCCACAGGCGACAAUGGCGACCGAUGUGAGGCAGGAGCUUGCACAGCUGAUUAAUUCAACCGGAUCUCAUAAAGAUCUUGCAGCCAAAUAUCGACAAAUUUUGGAGAAGGCCAUUCAGUUUACAGAUGCAGAGCAGCUGGAGUCCUUGAAGGCCUUUGUUGAAGCAAUGGUCAAUGAAAAUGUCAGUCUUGUCAUCUCGAGACAGCUGCUCACAGAUUUCUGCACACAUCUGCCCAACCUGCCCGACGCCACAGCUAAAGCAGUGUACCACUUCACCUUGGAGAAGAUUCAGCCCAGAGUCAUCUCCUUCGAGGAACAGGUAGCCUCAAUCAGACAGCACUUAGCAACCAUUUAUGAAAAGGAGGGAGACUGGAGGAAUGCUGCACAGGUUUUAGUUGGUAUUCCUCUGGAAACGGGACAGAAGCAAUACAAUGUUGACUAUAAGUUGGAUACGUACCUGAAAAUCGCCCGUCUCUACUUAGAGGAUGAUGAUCCAGUGCAGGCGGAGGCUUACAUCAACAGAGCCUCAUUGCUUCAGAAUGAGUCCUCUAAUGAACAGCUGCAGAUACACUAUAAGGUGUGCUAUGCCAGAGUCCUAGACUUCAGGAGGAAGUUCAUUGAAGCUGCACAAAGAUACAACGAGCUGUCUUAUAAGUCCAUUGUCCAUGAGACCGAACGUCUGGAGGCUCUAAAACAUGCCCUAAACUGCACCAUACUGGCUUCUGCAGGCCAGCAGCGGUCCCGUAUGUUGGCCACUCUCUUUAAGGAUGAGCGCUGUCAGCAGCUGGCUGCCUACGGCAUUCUGGAGAAGAUGUACCUGGACCGAAUCAUCAGAGGAAACCAGCUGCAGGAGUUUGCUGCCAUGCUGAUGCCUCACCAGAAAGCCACCACAGCGGAUGCUUGUGAGGUUUUUCUUACAGGCUCCAGUAUCCUCGACAGAGCUGUGAUCGAACACAACCUACUGUCCGCUAGCAAACUCUACAACAACAUCACGUUUGAAGAACUAGGAGCACUUUUAGAAAUCCCCCCAGCAAAGGCCGAGAAAAUAGCGUCUCAGAUGAUCACUGAAGGACGCAUGAACGGCUUCAUCGACCAGAUCGACAGCAUCGUACACUUUGAGACCCGUGAAGCCCUCCCUACCUGGGACAAACAGAUCCAGUCUCUGUGUUUCCAGGUCAACAACCUCCUAGAAAAGAUCCGUUCGGCUGCUCCGGAGUGGGCCGCUCAGGCUAUGGAAACCCAGAUGACCCAGUAA